AUGCCCGGACAACACCGACUGGAAGCGUACCGUAUGCCCGGACAACACCGACUGGAAGCGUACCGUAUGCCCGGACAACACCGACUGGAAGCGUACCUGCCCGGACAACACCGACUGGAAGCGUACCGUAUGCCCGGACAACACGACUGGAAGCGUACCGUAUGCCCGGACAACACCGACUGGAAGCGUACCGUAUGCCCGGACAACACCGACUGGAAUCGUACCGUAUGCCCGGACAACACCCGACUGGAAGCGUACCGUAUGCCCGGACAACACCGACUCGAAGCGUACGUAUGCCCGGACAACACCGACUCGAAGCGUACCGUAUGCCGGACAACACCGACAGGAAGCGUACCGUAUGCCCGGACAACACCGACUGGAAGCGUACCGUAUGCCCGGACAACACUGACUGGAAGCGUACCGUAUGCCCGGACAACACCGACUCGAAGCGUACCGUAUGCCCGGACAACACUGACUGGAAGCGUACCGUAUGCCCGGACAACACCGACUGGAAGCGUACCGUAUGCCCGGACAACACUGACUGGAAGCGUACCGUAUGCCCGGUAG